AUGGCCGGCGCCAAGUACUCCUCCUACCACCUCGCCGCGGCGCUCCGCCGCGAGCCCGACGCGGCCGCCGCGCUCCGCCUCUUCCUCAGCCCCACGGCCGUCGGAGCGUCCUCCUCCUCCUCCACCUCCGCGCCGUUCCGCUACUCCCUCCGCUGCUACGACAUCAUCGUCUGCAAGCUCGCCGCCGCGCGCCUCUUCCCGGCCAUGGAGUCCGUCCUCGCGCAGAUCCCGGAGUCGCUCAGCCCGCGCGAGCCACUCCUGUGCCGCGUCAUCUCCGCGUACGGGCGCGCUCGCCUCCCCGCCGCCGCCCGCCGCGCCUUCGCGCACCGGGCCUUCCGGGCGCCGCGCACCGCCCGCGCCCUCAACACGCUCCUCCACGCCCUCCUCGCCUGCCGCGCGCCCCUCCAGGAGCUCCUCUCCGAGUGCCGCGCCUCCGGCAUCCCCCCGGACGCGUGCACCUACAACAUCCUCAUGCGCGCCGCGGUGGCCGAGCCUGGCUCCGUCGAGAACGCCUGCCUCCUGUUCGACGAAAUGCUGCAGCGGGGUAUCGCCCCGACUGUUGUCACGUUUGGCACCCUCGUCGCUGCUUUCUGCGAGGCCGGCCGUCUAGAGGAGGCAUUCAAGGUUAAGGAGGAGAUGUUCUUGCAUUACAACAUCAGGCCAAAUGCCCAUGUGUAUGCGAGCCUGAUCAAGGCGCUCUGCGAGAAGGGGAAGAUGGAUGAUGCGCAAAGGCUCAAGGAGGAGAUGGUGAGAAAUUCAGAACCUUUGGUGGAUUCGGGAGCUUAUGCCGCACUGGCAAGGACAUUGUUCUGGGUAGGGAGAAAAGGGGAGGUGGUUGGUUUGCUGGAGGAGAUGAAGGGAAGGGGAAUCACAGUUGGUAGAGAGGUAUACAAUGCGAUGAUUGCAGGUUUUUGUGAGAAUGAGGGGGACUUGGAUGCUGCAUUUGCAGUGCUUGAUGACAUGCAGAAGGAUAGGUGCAAGCCAGAUGCUGUGAGCUAUAAUACACUGGUUGGUGGUCUAUGCAAGAUGGGGCGGUGGCGGGAUGCGAGCGAGUUGGUUGAGGAUAUGCCAAGAAGGGGAUGCCGUCCUGAUGUUGUGACCUACAGGAGGCUGUUUGAUGGGAUUUGCGAUGCUGGGGAACUCGGUGAGGCAAGGAAGGUUUUCGAUGAGAUGAUUUUCAAGGGGUUUGCACCAAGCAUGGUUAGUGUGAGGAAAUUUGUUGGGUGGAUCGAGAGGGAAGGAGAUUCGGCAUUGCUGGAGUCAGUGUUGUGCCAAUUGGCUAGCGUGAACGCUUUGGAGGGAAAUGAAUGGGAGAAGGCAAUGAGUGGUGUGCUCCAUGAUCCUGCAGAGCAGAAGAUAGAGAAGUUGCUGGAUAAUUUCAGAUUGGCUUGAUUGUAUAUCUCUGUGGACUCUAUCACCUGUCCUAGCUGUUUUUCUGAUCUGCAACAGCAGUUCACUGCUCCAAAUUUGAAGAUUCUUGCGUAAUUAGCAUGGGAAGGGAGGAGAUACAACGUCAUUAAUAGGAGUUUGCAAUUAAAAACACAUGCCAUCAGUGAUGCAUUCUGGAAGCAAAGGAAGCAAGGAGUCAUAGGGGUGAUUGCAAGUGAUGGUGGUACAUAUCAAGUCUUGUUUUCCAUACUUCUGCUGUCUUCUGCAAUGUAUGAAGGCACUCCAAACAGAGUUUGAACAUGCAAAUAUGCUCUGUCCUUCGCAAGGAUUUGGAUCAACUGCCUAAUCAUCGUUAAGCAUGGCACUGCAAAUCCAGUUGAGCUUCUAUUUCUAUACGAUGUGGCAUGGAGUCCACCCAACUUUUUAGCGCUGGAGAAAGAAGUCCCAGAACUUGCAGCAGAGUAGCUAAGAAAAAUCUCAGUGGAAAAAUUGCAUAUAAUGCUAAAUUAAUUAGGACUUAUGAUGUCUGCUGUGCUGUAUUUUAAAGAACCCUCUUUUCCCUUAAUAAUGGAUCUGAGUAAGCUCUGUACUAUCCACUGAGAAUGGAAGUGGAGUAGACAACAACAGUACUGACUACAUCCCGUUUCAACACUUUCAUAUCCUAAGACCACGUUUUAGUUAUAUUUAGAUUGA